CGUACUUAUUCGCAAGGUCACUCAAAUUAGCACAUGGUGGCUAUUUCGGCGUAAGUCGUUUCAACAGAGAGGAUGGAAAAAAACGGACUUCACGGGGAGGUGCAGCCAGUCUAUGACUUCGUUAUUGUUGGUGCAGGUGCAUGUGGGUGUGUUCUGGCCGCCCGACUCUCAGAGAAUCCAUUCCGCACCGUGCUGCUGCUCGAAGCCGGUGGGGAUGACCGUGAAAUACCGGAAAAUAGCCGUGCCAGGGAAAGCCCCACAUUGUCCGAAUGGUUUAUCUUCUAUCAAACACCUCUAUUUCGUAGAUUUGUAACAUUCCCGUGGAAAGAUACUGGAGGUUCUGGCUCCAUCAACUACAUGAUGUUCAUGCGAGGCACGCCGCACGACUUCGACACCUGGAAGAACAUGGGCUGUACAGGGUGUUACGCUGAUGUCCUUCCUUACUUUAAAAAAUCUGAACGUUGCCUUAUUACCCGCGGUAAUGACGGCCCAAUGAUAGUGAGUGAAGCUAGAAUGACACCUUUCUCCCAAGUGUUUGUUCAAGCCGGAGAAGCCAUGGGAUAUCCGGAAACGGACUGCAACGGCCCAAAUCAUUUGGGUAAAAAACGUUUUAUGGUGGUACAGUCUAACAUUGGGGACGGGGUCAGACAAAGCUCUAGUGAGGUCUUUCUAAGACCGGCUUUAGGGAGAGAUAACCUCCACGUGGUUACCCAUUGUCACGUGACUAAGGUUAUUACGGACAACAAGAUUGCACGCGCCGUGGAGUACGUGCGUACCUCGACCCGACAGACAUACACGGUGAGGGCACGCCAGGAGAUCGUCCUGUGUGGUGGAGCCGUGGGUUCCGCUCAGCUGCUCAUGUUGUCUGGGAUAGGCCCGGCCGACCAUCUCAGAUCCUUCGGGAUAGAGGUGAUCGCCGACCUUCCUGUGGGAGACAACCUCCAAGACCAUGUAGGGGUGGUAGGGAUAGAGUUUGAAAUUGAUAAACCAUACGCUGCUUUACCGAAGGACUUCGACUCCCAGGCUAAUAUCGACCGAUACGACAAAAUACGAGCAGGACCCCGAGCGACAAAUAUACUGGACGCGGUCGGAUUGAUUCGGACCGAUGUUCAAGAUCCUGGAAAUCCAAACCCGGACAUAAGCAUUAUAAACCUUUGUUCUUUGUAUGGAGCCGGUGAGGAGUCCAGAUUGAAAGUCAUCACUGGAAUGAAAGAUGAGAUAUGGGAUGUCAUGUUCGCUGAUAAUCUUGGAAAACACGGCUUCAGCGUCAACAUUGGAGUGACGCAUCCAAAGAGCCGUGGUACAAUCAGACUAAGGGACGCACAUCCCACUUCUCAUCCCGAAAUCAACCAUAAGGCCUUGUCACACCCAGAUGAUGUCAGAACCCUCGUAGCAGGCAUUAAGUUUAUGCUGAAGUUUGGACAAACGAAACCGAUGAAGGAUAUAGGAGCUCGGUUUACAGCCCGAAUCCUUCCUGGGUAUACAAAAACACCGUUUACGGAUGAAUAUUGGGAGGAGUUUGUCCGAACUUUAACCUUUAUGACGUACCACCCCUCGGGAACAUGCCGCAUGGGUCGGGUGGAAGACUCGACAACGGUGGUGGAUCCACAACUUCGGGUGAAAGGUGUAGAGAGACUCCGCGUGGUCGAUGCCUCCAUCAUGCCACUGAUUACCUCUAUGAACCUCUAUGCCCCCAGUGUAAUGAUUGCAGAGAAGGCUGCCGACAUGAUUAACAGGAAGGGACUCCUGUCAAAUCUCUAACCCUCGGGGAACUACAGCAUCGGGUGUCUCAACUGACUGCUUCGGAAAAUAAAGAUAAAACAGUUUAAAGAAUAAACUUGGGAAGUGAGCCUGAACAUAUCUGCCGUGACUGCUCUGUAUAUUAAUUAACCACGAAUUUAAUGUGUUUAUUAGUAUCCAUGCAGUAUUAGAAUAAUGCAAACUGAUUGUAGCUAUACUAUCCGUAGUUUAUCCAGAUGUUUCAAUAAGUAUGAAGUCACCAGGGCCUAUUUAAAAUGUUAUAUAUACAAUGCACGAUGCAAUGUUUCAUAUCGGUGAUUCUAAAUAAAAAAAGUAACACGGAGAGCAUAAGUCUACAAAAGUAAAUAUAAAAUGAUAUGGGUAAUGAAAGUAAAUGUUCAUCUGCAUAAACCGCAUGAGUAAUGCGUUGUAGGAUGAUCGCUAGUUCAAUAUAAGACUGCUUCUAUUGAUAAGGGAAAUUUAACGAAACCGAUAAAAUAUAAAAUGUCUUUGAAUGGUAAUUUGCUUAGCAAAAGUUGGACAAAUACCUUUUCUAUAUCGCAGUUGCUAUUUCUUCAUUCAGAUGACUGCUUUGAGUAAUUAUAUUUCAAAAGCAUGUAAUCAAAAAUUAGAUUUGUUGACAAAAGUUGAUCUUGUGGUCAAGAUCAUAGACGUGAUUUUAUGUUUUUUGAUUUAAUAUGACAUACAAAAGUCGAGCAGACACCUCGGCAGAAUAACUUCAAAAUUAAACCGACAAAUGAAUAAAUUCAAUACCAGGAUACAUCGUUUGGGACAGCCAUGGACGUGAAAUUGUCAAUACAAGAACAAGUUGGUAGUAUAAAUGCUGUAUAUUCUAUGUAAUAAAUGAAAUACAUUUAUUUCUUCACUUAUUACAUGCUUAGCUAUGCCAAGAAGGUAGUAAACGUGGCAUGCAGGGUUCAUUACAAUAUGAAUUCGAUAUUCUCAUCUGUACAAGCUCAGUUUUGUCACAUAUAAUUUGACUCUUCUCACUGAUUAACCGAGUUGCUCGACUCCGCACGUUUGUUGUCACGCUGUAUAAAGCUUAAUACACCGGUAUUUUGUAGAACAUAUGUGCGAAAAGGAGGUCAGAAUAACAGACCUACGUGACACGUUUAUAGCACGGACAAUUACAUUUGU